AUGCUUGUAAAAGAUAAUUCAUCACCAUAAAAGUUUUCGGGUUAGUAACAAGAAUUAAAAAAAUAAAAGAGUCAAAGAUUUACUAUUUCUAAUCAAAUGAAGAAAAAGAGUCCAACAAGAUAUUUUAGGGAGAUGAAGAGUCUAAAAUAACAUCGUCAAUAAACAAUAUUAAAGAGUUCAAAAAGUUUUCAACCUACGAAAAAAAGUUAAGACAACUCUUCAGAAUCAAGUGAAUGCGAUAAUAUUGACGAAAAAUCAAAUAUGGAAGAAAAAAUUAUAGCAGUACCUAAUUUGAGUUUUAAAGAAGGGCUAAUGGUUUCACAUGUACAACCUGAAUAAUUAACUCAUAACUCUUCUGAUCUACAGCAUUCUUAGAGUAAGAAACAUCAUAUCAUCAAAAAUAUCAAAAAGUGCUAAGGUGAUCAAAGCCUAAUGAGCGAUAUGAAUUCAUAAGAAAACUUACUUUCUAGAGAUUAAGAAUCUUUUCAGAAUAGAAGCUUCAUGAAUUUCUUAUAAGUGCAACCUAUUGAAGACAGAUAAGAUUUUUAUGAAGAGCUUGAUCCAAGAAUAUUAAAAAAGUAUUAGAAACAUGCAGAACGUAAUCCUUUUGAAGAUUCAUAUUAUGUUGUACUCACACCACUUCAUGGCUUAGAACGUCUUAAAUAUGAAUUAGAUGUAAUAGAUAUCAUUUAAAUCUUAGAAUUACAAUGACCAUCUUAAUUUUCUAAAACUAAGAAAAUAUAUUGUUUAUUCAUGCUUAUGCAUACCAAUGUAUUUUUAAAGAAUUGUAGAUAGUGUCUAAUUUAAAAUUAUCAAUGGUAUUCUCAUUAUUUGUAAUUUAACUUUUUUCACAUUAAGUAAUUCAUAUCCACCAGUUACAAAUGAGGAAUACAAAUAAUUUAUUUUUUAUUGUUUUGCAAUUGAAAUUGGAAUAAGAAUUAUUGCAGCAGGAGGAAUUUAUCCAACAAUUCAUUUUUUAUGUAGUAAAGAAGAUAUGUUUAAUUUGUUAUGUACAUUAAUUACAUUCCUUCAUUAUUUUUAUCCAAAAAAGAUUUCAUUUGAUCUAUCCCCAUUAAGAAUAAUAACAAUAUUAUUAUAUUUAGGAGACGGAUUAUUAAGACUCAAAUAUAUGUUAAUAGCUUUAAAGAAAUCAUUAAUAUUUUUGGCUGAGGCUAUUUUUAUUUUACUUAUACUAUCUCUCUUAUUUUCAAUAAUUGGUGUAUCUUUAUUUUAAGGAUUAUUCAAUUAUAGAUGUUAACCGAUGGUAGGUGAACCUAUAGAAGAUUGGGUUUAAUGUUAUUAAAAUAUUUGUCAAGAAGGAAUGGUUUGUGUAUUCUCUGAAGAAACUCCAAAAAUGCCAACAUCAUUUAAUAAUGUGAUAUAUUCAUAUGGUUAAAUAUUAAGAACUAUAACAAUGGAUGAUUGGAGUUGGGUAAUGUUUUUUACUAUGAGAAUAUUUCAUCCUUAAAUAUGGAUAUACUAUUUAGGAAUUAUUUUUUUAUGUGGUUUCUUUUCUAUUAAUUUAAUGAUAGCUGUUUUAAAAAUUCAUUAUUCCGAGGCAACAGCAGAAUGUGAAGAUUAUGAGAAAUUAUCAAAAUAGAAAAAUGAUCAUAGUCUUAUGAGACAAGAGAUGUUUCUAUAGAAAGAUGUAAUUUCUUAUUUCGAUUUAUCGUUUUUAAGAUAUAUUGGUUUUUAUUCUGUUUUGAAAAAACAUAAAUUAUUACUUAAUACUACUAGACCAAUAAUGGAAUUGAUUGAUGACGAUAAUAAAGUGGAAAAAUUUAAUAAUUAAUUGAGAUUAUUGUCAAAUAAAUAAAAGAAGAUAUUAGACGAAGCAAUGUAGGUAUUAUUAUUACUUAAUUUUAGAAAAGUCAAAAGAAAUCUUUUUGGAAUUAAUUUAAACAUUUUUCUAUUAAAUAAUUACUGUUGCCUAAAUUUAAAGAUUUAUAAUUAGAAUAAAAUAAAGUAAAUAUUAAGAUGUAUUCUGAUGAUCCAAUAGAAGUUUCAAUACUUUUAAAAUUAAGCGAAUAUAAAUUCACUUAAUUCCAAAAUUCUGUUAAUUAUCAUGUUGAUUAGAAAUUUAAGAGUUUGAAAGAUGUCUUCAUAUAAAAAAAGAGGUACAAUAUUAAUAUAUAUAUUUAAUAGAGUUGCGCAUAAAGAAAAAAUCAAAAUCUAUUAUCAACCUAUGUUCACAAAGAAAGAAAUUAAAAUCAUACCUCGUUAAUAGUCAGAUAUUUCCCUAAGUCGCUAUCCAAUACAUAAGAGUACUCGAAGGAUCACUAUUUAAAGAUCAUUUAGUAUUAAGGAAGACAGUCAUGGAACAUAAUCACCAUAAAUUAGAAAAAGAUAGAAUGAUAUUUUUGGAACUAUUAAUAUAAGAACAAGAGUAGAAAGAAAGUUACCAUUUGAAAUUUUAAGGGGAGUAAGAAAAUACCUAUAUAUUCAUGGAUUUUAUAUAGAUUAUGAGUAAAUACAAGAGAAAAUUAAUACUAAAAUACCAAAAACAAAAUAAGUGUUUGAUUCAAAUGAAGAGUUAUAUUUAUAGAUUUUUUAAAAAGAAAGAGAAUAAAAGAUCAUUAAGUCAAAAAAUUGGUCAGGAAAUAAUGUCCUCUCAUUGAAUCCUAUUAGAAUGUAGUAAUUUCAUGAGAUCUUUAAUAGUUUAAAUAAUUUUAACCAUCUAAUAUGGAUGCCUACUUUUGGUGGCAAAUUACUUAUUUUAAGAAGAUACACACUUAUAAUUAUUGAUAACAAAAUUACUUAAUUUUUCUUUGAUUUCAUUAUCCUAAUUAAUUUUAUAUUCCUCUCCUUAUAUGGAAUAGUUGAUUCUCAUGUUAUAUCAAAAUUUGAAGAUAUAUCAACUAUAUUUUUAUUAAUAGAAAUAGGAUUUUAAAUGUUUACAUAUCCCUUACAUCGUUUCUUUUCUAGUAAAGAAAAUAUACUUCAAGCAAUUAUUAUGAUAGCAAGUUUUAUUGAAUUUAGUUUCAGUGAUUUUUUGAAUUUAACAUAAUAAUAUUUGAGAAUGAUUAGAGGAACUAAAUGUAUUUUAUUUUAUAGAUGCUUAAAAUAUAAUUAAAUGGCUGUAUUGAUAGGUAAAAUAGCUUCAAUAACAUUUAAAUAAUAUAUUUAUUUAACAAUUUUUAUGUUCAUUAUGAUUACUAUAUAUGGUCUUAUUGGAAUGGAUCUUUAUGCUGGAUAAUUUGAUUAAAAUGAACCCUUAGGAUAAUUACAUUCAUUUGAUAAUCCUUUAAAAGCUGGUAUGACUAUAUUCAAUAUUAUGACAAAUGAUGAUUGGUAUGGAGUUUAUGUUAUUGGAUCAGAACUCAAUCUAACUGCAGCUGUUAUUUUUUCAUUUUCAAUGGUUUUAAUAUUAAAUUAUUUAACUUAUGGAUUAGUUUUGGCAAUUUUAUUGGAUGGUUUUGGGAAAUACUUGGAAGAAAAACAUGAUUAGGAUGACAAUUAAAAAUAAAUAUUGGCAUCUUAAGGUUCAACAAAUAGAGAUGAUGAAGCACUUAAUACAGAAAUAGAUUCAAUAUAUGAUUAAAAGGUCAAAUCUUAGUAUUUCUCUUAAAUUUAGAUAUUUGAUUAAAAUGAAGAUAAAGAAUAACCAAAAAUCAAACUUGAUAUAAUUAAAUCAUUCUAGAGAUCUCUAAGUAUUAAGUCUUAAUUAUAUUAGAGUAAUUAAAUAAAUAGAUACUAAUGUCAAAUCCAAAGUUAUAUUAAGAUAUUGAAUGCGAAACUGCUUUGUAUUUCUUUGGUAAAAAUAGUAAAAUUAGAGUUAUUUGUUGUAAUAUUUGUACAUCAAAAAGAUUUUAAUGGUUUUCAAAUAUAGUAAUGGUUUCUUCAAUUUUUCUUAUGAUAGUUAGGACAUAUCACGAUUAUGAAGAUUAGAAGAGUUAAUAUCCAUAUAUUAUAUUAACAAUUUUGAAUGUAUUAAAAUUAUUAGAGGAUAUGAUAUCAAUUAUAGCUAAAGGAUUAUUUAUGGAUAAAGGUAGUUAUUUAACUUAUUCUUGGUAAGUGAUAGAUCUAAUUUAUUUAUUUGCAUUUUUUAUUGAUACAUACAAAUAAAAUCCAAUAAUAAAUGGGUGUUUAUUUUUAGGACAUUUUAGACCAAUGAAACUUAUGUAUAGAAUUAAAUGGUUAGAUAAUAUAAGGGCUGCAUUGGCAUAAUCAUUAUUAGACAUGCUUAAGAUAUUAUUAACAUUAAUUUCAGUUUGGAUAAUGUUUGGAGUUUUUGGUAUCAUACUAUAUGAAAGUUAAUUUGGUUUUUGUGAUGAUAAAAUGCAAUUUAAUGUUAAUUAAUAGGAAUGUAUAGAAAAUGAUAGAAAAUGGAUUAAUUAUAAACAUAAUUUUGAUAAUAUAACAAUAGCAUUACCAACAUUAUUUGUAGUAUCAACAUUUGAUGGAUGGGGCGAAAUAAUGUAAGUGGCAGAAAAUAGCAGAUAAAGUAUUUUAGGUCCUGCUCCAUUUGCAUCAUAUUUAUCAACAUAUGCUUAUUUUAUAUCAUUUUGUUUUAUAGGUUCAAUGUUCUUUUUAAGUUUUUUUACAGGAACAUUAUUUUCUAAAUUAAGAGUAAAUCAAUAAAAAAUAGAGAUGUAAAAUGUAACUAAGUCUUAAAAAGAGUUUAUUGAAUUAUGUCCAAUGAUUUUGAAAGACUCUCCUGGUUUUUCAACUCCACCAACAAGACUUAUUAGAAGAUUAUCAUCAUUUAUAGUUAAUAAUUCUAUUAGUUAGAAAUUUAUGUUUUUAUUAUUAUUGGUAGAUUUAAUAUGUUAAUUGCAAUAUCAUUAUGAUAUGGAAUUAGAUAAAAUAAGAAAUCUUAAUUAAAUUUAAAGGUUUUUAAUUCUAUUUUAUGGUAUUUGGAUAAUUUUACUAUUUAUGUAAUUAGGUGUUAAUAGAUACUUUGAUAAUUAUUGGAGAAGAUAUUAUAUAUUUUUAAUUCUUAUAUCAUUAUGUGAUAUCAUUGCUGAUUUUCAAUAUGAUUGGGUUAUCCAUUAUUAUGAAUCAAAUGUUUAUACAUCCAACUAUUAAAUAUUACGACUUGCAUUUAUGACAAGAUAAUUAAGGCUUUUAGUCAUUUUUUAAGGAUUAAGCAAUUUAUCAAGAUUAAUUAGAGUCAUGGGUUUUGCAAUUCCUUUUUUAGCUAAACUUAUCUCAAUACUAAUUAUUACAAUGAUUAUUUACGCAUUGAUUGGAUGUUAAUUAUUUGGAAAAGUUAAAAAAGGAGCUGUCAUAGAUGAAUACAUAAACUUUACUAAUUUUGAAUAUGCAUUAUUAGCAUUAUUUAAGUGUGCAUCAGGAGAUGAUUUUAGAACAAUAAUGACUGAUACAAUGCAUCAUAAUCCAUAUUGUUCAGAAAAUACUGAUUAUUGUGGAUCAGAUUUCAAUUAAUUGUAUUUCAUUACUUUUAUGCUUUUCUCAAAUUAUGUUUUAUUAAAUUUAUUUGUUCUAGGCUUGAUAGAAUAAUUUGAGGAAUUCUUUUAAGUAUAGAAUUCAAUGAUCCAAACCUAUGUAGAAUAAAUUGAUAAAAUUAAAACUACUUGGUGUAAAUAUUCAGCUGAUAAUAAUGGUGAAAGCAUGCAUUAUAAAUUCUUAUGUCGAUUCUUACUAGAUAUUGGUUAACCAUUAGGUGGAGGAAAUGAUGAUAAUCUUUGGGAUGCUGCAAAAUUAGCAUCCAAAUUAAAUCUUAGAAGGUAUCUAUAUUAUUAUUAUAUAUAUAUAAGUGAUCCAUAUGGAUAUAUUCAGUAUAAUCAUCUAUUGUAUCAUUUGUUUAGAUGUUGCUAUCAUGACGAAAUCUUUAAGGACGGAUCUCAAGAAUCUAUUAAAAAAAUUAAAUAAUUUAAUAAAGAAAUGCAAACAAGAUUACUCUAUUAUAGAAGAAACAAAACUCAAAAGAGAACCAAUAUUUGUCUAAAUAAUUUACAAUUUAAAUCUAAUUUUAACAUUCUUCAUGAUUAUCUAAAUGUUUUAAUCUUAUUUAAAACAUGGUAGUCAUAUUCCAGAUUAUUAGUUUAAAAAAUAAUCAGAAGAUAAGAUGAUUUCACAGAAAGUGAUGAAAUGACAAUUGAUAUGGAAUAUUUCAGUCCAUAAUAGUAUAUAUAAUUUCUUUAUAAUUUUAGUCGAUAAACUGAUUUUAUAUCUGAUGGUUUUAGUUCAAGAAGGACAAAUGAUAUCAAGUUCUAAGAGAAUUUAACAGGUCAUCAUGUAUCUAGAUAGAGUCAUGAAUCUUAACAGUAAUAACAUUAGUUACCUAUUUAUUAAAACACUCUGUAAUAAGAAACAGAUAGAAUAUAUGGAGGGUUUGAUGAAAAUGUAAUUUUAGGUUUCAAAGAAAUUAGAAUUAAAAAUUGUAAUAAAUGA